AUGGGCUGUUUGGCCAGCGCCUAUGUCCAGUGCAAGCGAAUACUUCCGUCGCGGCGCGCAAGUGUGGGAGUCUAUUUAGUGGGCUACAAUCGGCCCAGCCGAUCCAUUUAAUUAAUUCGGCUCUUCUAUUUAACACUCAAGGCUGAAGUUAAAAUAUUAGUGAGUGACAAAAUUUUCUUGAAACGCUGGGAGGAAAAUAUGCGGCGUAUUUUACUUCUGGUUUGUAUUGCGGCUGCACAUGGCCAGCCAAGUGUGAAGGCGGAUGAUGAAGGUAGCGGUCAUGCUUCUGAAUUUCAAUAUCAAGAACCUCAGCGGCGAUAUUCACCCAAUUUCCAAAAUCUGCUCCACUCUAUGACCUCUUUCAAUCCUACGUUCAACGCGUCUGGAAAAUGCGGGGAACACUCAAGAAUUGCGAAAGCUGCAGCCAAUAAUUUGGAACUGUGGGCUCUACAAAUGUUUGACUCGACUGGACGGGUUCCGCCGUCGCUGCUGAACGGAAAUGUGAACCAGUACGGUGAUUUUGACCAAUGUCUCCAAAUCGAGCACACUUUGUCCGAGUCGGGUGAAACGAUCAAGGGACAGUACGCGCUCGCCUUCCUCGACUUGCAGGUCAGAGAUCAGGAGGUUGCUGACCUGCAAAUCAAACACCUGCUGGCGUUGGCACAUUCGUAUGACGUCAUUCGCAGCAAUUUUUCUGACCCCGGACAUAGAAUACCUAGGUAUUCUACAAUCAACUGGGGAAUAUGCGUGCCCUCAACUUGUAGUGCUAAGGAUAUAGAGCAAGGUUUAAAAAAAGCCCUAGCACCCCUAUCUGAUGUUCCUGAAUUCAGGCUGGCAAUAAAAGUCGAUGAACAAAUGAUGUACAAGGCUCAGAUCUUUAGUCCUGACGCCACUACGUGCUUAGUAAUCUGCCUCUUUUUGGUUCUAAUUUCAACAGUCAUAAUUGCAUCACUAGUAGACAUAUCUGACAAGGAAGUAAAAUUACUUAGCAAAUGGAAGAGAAUGCUGCUUGCAUUCUCGCUUCGCAGGACGUGGGCAGAGCUAAUUAACACUAAAAGUGCCUCGGAUGACAUCAGUCCCGUCCAUGGUUUGCGAUUUAUCAACGCUCUGGGACUGCUGCUGUGCCACAAAUCAAUGGCUCUGUUUUUCUACCCUUACAUCAAUAGAACUGUCAUGACCAUGCGUUUUACCAAACCAUGGACUGUGAUGGGGAGAACAGCAAUUUUGUACACCGAUUCUUUCAUUGUAAUUAGCGGCAUGCUCGUCGCUUACUCGUUUGUUAAGGAGUUAGACAAGAAAGGAAAUUUGAGUUUUAAGUCAAAGCUGAAAUCGCGCUUCCUAAGAAUUUCUCCAAAUUUCGUGGCCAUAAUCCUGUUCUGCACAUACAUUUUGCAACUGAUGGGCUCAGGACCGCAGUGGAAUUUGGUCGUCAAACACUAUUCAGACAUUUGCAAAAGUCACAUGUGGAAAAAUUUCCUCUUCAUUCACAACUAUUUUGGAUUUGAAAAUAUGUGUUUGACGCACACACAUCAGUUGGGCAUUGACAUGCAGUUAUUUGCGGUGAGCCCUGUCCUGAUUUACCUUCUUUGGAAGUGGCCCCGAGGAGGCUCGACUGUUUUAAUUCUUAUAGCUUCCUUCUCUACCUGGUUGCGGUUUUCUGUUACAUUGAACAACGAGCUCUCAAGUAUUAUCUACUUUGGAAACACAGUCAAGAAAAUGUUCGACACCUGCAACAAAUCCUACAUUCUACCGUCACAUCGCUUGACUGUCUACAUUAUGGGAAUUUUAACUGGAUUUUACUUGCGAAGAAAUCCAAAGGGAAUCAAAUUCACAUUAACCACAGAGUUGCUCACUUGGGCUUUCAUUGGACUGAUCUGCAUUUACCCCUGGUUUAGUCCGUACCACAUGUCGAGGCUUGACUACAGAUACAAUGUCUGGGAGGCAGCAAAUUACGCUGCCUGGGCUCCAAUUCUAUGGUCAUUAUUCAUCAUAUGUCUAAUUUUUGUGUGCCACAAAAGAGGAGGUUGGGUAGGAGCUUUCAUGAGAUGGAGAGGAUUUCUCAUAUUCACCAAGAUAUCGUAUGCUGUUUACCUGACCCAGUUCCCUAUCUACUUCUACAACGUCGGCACUACAAAGUUUGCGGGGCAUUCUAAUAUGUCUGAUUUGUUUGUAAUAUCAGAAGUUUUGACAGUACUUGUUGCUUCUGUCGUUUUGACUCUCCUAGUGGAUUUGCCAUUCCAAGAAAUUAAGAAAAUACUGACAGAAAAAGGUUUGUUGAAAAAUAAUAAUGCUUCUGAGAAAAUAACUAAAUUGAAUUUUGCAGAUUUGAAAGAAAAAAUUGAGCCAGAUCAGACUGUUGCCGUGGAGAAUAAUAAGGUCAAAAGUUCAGCUUCUUGUCGCAAUAGCGGAAGUAAAGAGGAGCGCGAGUCAUCACGAUUAUCAAAACGUUCUCACAAAACGCCAAGCGGUUGAGCCGGUUGACCAAUUGAAAUUUUUUUCAUUUAACUGACUUUGAGACAAGACUAUAUAGUAAAUAUGCUUUGGAUGUUGUGUUAAGUGCAAGAGUCUAUUUUAUAGUUAAGUUGUCAUAUUAUUUGAUUUCUAAUGUAAUAAAGUUUGCUGUUUCUAAACCCUGGCUGUAUUUUAUAUAGUUAAAUUAUAUUUAAAUAAAGCAGGAAGCAUGAUGGGUAAGGAUUUGCAGCUGUAGAAUAAUAA